AUAAUAACUCCACACACUUCUACACACUCUCUCACUCUCACACACACAUACUCUCUUUCUUCAACUAAACCCCACCCUUUUUCUGCACACUGCACACCUUUUUAACCCAAAAAUCCAGUACAAUUACCACCGUGGACCUUCACACCACCACCACUUCAAACCCCAACAUUUAACACCCCCACCAACCCCACAACCACCAAGUCACCACACCCACCUGGUUUUAAUGCUGUUAAACACCCUUCUUUCAUCUUAAACAAUGGGAUGUGUGCUCUGCAAAAGAGCCACUCCAGAUCACCCCUCAAACUCCCACAAUGGACAACACCAAUCUUCACUCACGCAUAACGUCGAACACCUGGUGUCCGUCACCGCAGUUGACAGAAUCCGCCACUCAAUCGCCGAAGCUCCGCCGCCUGACCGCCGGAGACCGAAGCCGGCCUAUAGUUUGAAGACCUCUCAAGGUUGGCCCGAAUGGCUGUGUGACGUUGCUGGUGACGUCAUCAAAGAUUGGACCCCUCGUCGUGCUAAUACUUUUGAGAAAAUUGACAAGAUUGGGCAGGGGACGUAUAGCAAUGUAUAUAAAGCUAGGGAUUUGAUUACAGGAAAGAUAGUUGCUUUGAAGAAGGUUAGGUUUGAUAAUUUAGAGCCUGAAAGUGUCAAGUUUAUGGCUAGAGAGAUUCUUAUAUUAAAGAAGUUGAAUCAUCCCAAUAUUAUUAAGCUUCAAGGCUUGGUUACUUCAAGAAUGUCUUCUAGUCUUUACCUUGUCUUUGAAUACAUGGAGCAUGAUCUUUCCGGUCUUCAAGCUGUUCAAGGUGUCAAAUUUACCGAGCCCCAGGUCAAGUGCUAUAUAAAACAACUACUUUCCGGGCUUGAGCAUUGUCACGAGAAUGGUGUGUUACACCGUGACAUUAAGGGCUCAAAUUUACUGAUCGACAAUGAUGGUAUUCUGAAGAUAGCCGAUUUUGGGUUGGCUUCUUUUUAUAAUCCACAACAUAAGCAACCAAUGACUAGUCGUGUCGUUACCCUCUGGUACCGACCCCCGGAGCUACUUCUCGGUGCCACUUAUUAUGGUGUCGGUGUUGACCUGUGGAGUGCUGGCUGCAUUUUGGCUGAGCUUCUUGCCGGGAAACCAAUAUUGCCCGGUCGGACAGAGGUUGAACAACUGCACAAGAUAUUCAAAUUAUGCGGCUCUCCAUCAGAUGAAUAUUGGAAGAGAUACCGGUUGCCAAACGCAACUCUUUUCAAGCCACAACAUCCGUACAAGCGUUGUUUAACGGAAACGUUCAAAGACUUUCCACCUUCUUCUCUCCCUUUACUAGAAAAUCUUCUUGCAAUUGAUCCUAAAGACCGUGGCUCUGCCACAUCCGCCCUCAAUUGCAAUUUCUUCACCACCGAACCUUACGCGUGUGAACCAUCGGAAUUACCAAAAUAUCCUCCCAGCAAAGAAAUAGAUGUCAAAUUGAGAGAGGAAGAAGCUAGAAGGCAAAGACGUUUAAGCGGUAAAUCUCAUGCUGCUGACGGUAAUAGAAGAACAAGACCGCGUGAACGCGUUAGCCGUGCGGUUCCAGCUCCAGAAGCCAAUGCAGAGAUCCAAUCCAACUUAGAUAGAAGAAGAGCUGUAACCGAAGCAACCGCCAAAAGCAAGAGCGAGAAAUUUCCACCACCACAUCAAGAUGCAGCUCUCGGGUAUCCAACAUAUAACGGCAGGCCCACAUCUUUCGCAACAAAUGAUGACAAUUCAUUCGGGUCCUCAAUUUUCGAGUCAAAGUCUUCAAGAUCAGUCAAAGAACCGGGGACCAUGGGCGGGUCUUCAAGGAGAAAAAAGGGCAAAAAAGAACUGUCACGUAAGUUCAUCCGGUCCAUCCUUCCGACCUCGGUUAGUCUAUCAAUGGAUUUUGGGUUCAGAAGCAAAGAACCGGUUUCAGAGGUAUAUGGCAGUGAAAGGUUGUAGGUUGAGUUAUUAGGAGAUGGGUGAUUUUGUUUCGGUUUUGGGCAUUGGUUAAGGUCUUGAAUGCCAUUGUAAUGGUACUGUUUUUGGUUGGGUCAUUUUAGUUGUUAGUUGUAUAAUCCAAACACAAAAGGGGAAAACCAAUGGACUCUUGUUCAUAAUUUGCAAAAUGCAAUUCCACUUCUCUUGUAUUA